AUGAAAUCAAAUGAGCAACUGAACAAGGAAAACGCACCAACGAACACCAACGAAUACCAACGAACACCAGCGAACACCCAUUCUAACCCAGUCCUUCACACUGCUUCAAAUGCAGCAGAUCAGACCUUCGAGGUGGUGCGAAAGCUCACCCCCGAGGCCUCCACAAUCCAGAUCAGAGAAUCCGCUGAUCCUCUAGCACACAUUGUCAACUCACCUGCAGCAGCAGACUCGCUUCUGGCGGUUGUCGCAUCGUCUCACGUGCUCGUGAAGGGCCUGGCUCACCUUUCUGCCUUUAAGAACCGAGCUGUUGUUUUCCAUGUUGAGACCGGCUCCGACUACAACGACAUCGCGGCCAUUCGACACUCGCAGUACGUUAUGCUGCAGUCUUUUGGCCUCGAGGACGUCCAGGAGGUGGCCAUCAAGGCCUACGAGGUGUCCAAGGCCACCGGCCAGCCCGUGAUCCACUUUUACGCCCCCGUCGAGGGCGAGGUUUCGCUCAUUCCCGGAAACGAGAUUGUUUCCAAGGUUGAGAAGGUUGAGACAGACAGCGAGAAGCAGCUCGAGCAGCCCAUCAUUGCUCCCCAGUACAUUGGAUCCUCUUCCGCUCCCUCCGCCCUCAUCGUUUUUGGCUCCUCCACACAGCUCUUCAUCGACAACGUCAAGGCCCACAGCCAGACCGGCCUGGUGCUUGUGCGCCAGUACCGACCGUGGUCUGUUCAGGCCAUUCUUAAUGUGCUGCCCAAGUCUGUCAAGACCCUGGGUCUGGCCGAGCAGAUCAAGUCGCGAACUACCGCCUGGUCGCCCCUGGUGCUCGACUACGUUGCCGACAUCCACGCCUCUGGCAUUGACCGAGACUCUGCCCCCAAGCCUGUUGCCUUCCAUCUGGGCCAGGUGACUGAGGCUACUGUCAACCACGUGUUUGCCGCCAUCUCCUCUAACCUCACAUCUGCCUCUCCAGUCCAGAACCUGACCGUUGGCUCUGGCGUGACCCCCAACGAGACCAAGGAGGAGGUCAAAGCUGAGGCUCUCACCCUCGAGACCGCCUACACCAAGAUUCUGCACGAACUCUUCAAGGAGGUCAACAUCAUCAACGCCUCUGACAAGAAGGACGCUGGUCUGACUUCGCCCGAGUAUGGCUACGGAGCCUACCUUGCAUACCAGGAGAAGCGAAAGGAGCUGUCUGAGCGAGUGCGAACCGCUAUUCGAAAGAACGAGCUCGGUGAGGAGCUGCACAAGCUGCUGACCAUGUGGGCCAUUAACCGAGAGGUCGACGUGACUGACAUCAUUUCCAAGCUCGAGGCCAAGGGUGCCAAGGACCUCCUCGAGCUCAAGGAGUACUUUGAGAACAAGAGUAGCUGGCUGAUUGGUUCUGAUGCCUGGUCCCACGACCUUGGAAACUCCGGUGUCCACCACGUUGUCUCCUCUGGCGAGAACCUCAACAUGCUCAUCAUCGACUCUACUCCCUACGACACUGCCCAGUCCAAGCUGCCCUCUCUGAGAAAGAAGGACAUUGGUCUGUACGCCAUGGGCUUUGGUAACGUCUACGUGGCGUCCACCGCCGUCUACGCCUCUUACACCCAGGUCCUGCAGUCGCUGAUCGAGGCUGCUGCCUUUGAGGGACCCUCUGUGGUUCUGGCUUACCUGCCCUACCACUCCGAAUCCGACGACCCCGUCUCCAUUCUCAAGGAGACUAAGCGUGCCGUCGACUCUGGCUACUGGCCUCUGUACCGAUACGACCCCUCUCUGGAGGCUAAGGGCCAGGAGCCUUUCCAGCUGGAGUCUUCUCGAAUCCGACAGGAUCUGCAGAAGUUCCUGGACCGAGAGAACAAGCUUACCAUGCUGUCCAAGAAGGACCCUGUUCUGGCCCGAAACCUGGCCCAGGGCUACGGCUCCGGUCUGCGAGAGCUGCAGCAGCGAAAGGCCAAGGAUGCCUACCUGCAGCUGCUUGACGGUCUCUCUGGCGCCCCCAUCACUAUUCUGUUUGCCUCCGAUGGUGGUGUGGCCGAGAACGUGGCCAAGCGACUCGGUCGACGAGCUAAGGGCCGAGGUCUUAAGCCUCUCGUCAUGGCUAUGGAUGACUUCCCUCUGGAGGACCUGUCUUCCGAGACCAAUGUAGUGUUCAUCACCGCCACCGCUGGUCAGGGUGAGUUCCCUCAGAACGGCCGAAACUUCUGGGAGGGUCUCAAGGGUGCCACCGAUGUGGAUCUGACCAACACUCGAGUGUCCGUCUUCGCCCUCGGUGACUCUCUCUACUGGCCCCGAAAGGCCGACAAGCACUACUACAACAAGCCCGGUAAGGAUUUGCAUGCCAAGCUGGUGCUGUUUGGUGCCCAGGACCUGGCUCCUCUGGGUCUUGGUGAUGACCAGGACGCCGACGGAUGGAGUACCGGUUACAACGAGUGGGAGCCUGCUGUGUGGACCGCUCUUGGUGUUGACGGUAUUGGCGCCAUUGACGAGCCCCCGCCAAUCACCAACGAGGACAUCAAGGCCGCCUCCAACUACCUGCGAGGUACCAUUGCCGAGGGUCUUAAGGAUGAGUCCACCGGCGCCAUUUCGGCUCACGAUCAGCAGCUGACCAAGUUCCACGGUAUCUACAUGCAGGACGAUCGAGACAUUCGAGACGAGCGAAAGGCCGCCGGUCUGGAGCCUGCCUACUCUUUCAUGGCUCGAGUUCGACUCCCCGGUUGCCGAGCUACCCCCGAGCAGUGGCUCAAGAUUGACGAGCUGUCUGACUCUCGAGGAAACGGUACUUUCAAGAUCACCACCCGAGCCACCUUCCAGUUACAUGGUGUUGUUAAGCACGACCUUAAGCCUGCCAUUCGAGGCAUGAAUGCUGUUCUCAUCGACACUGUCGCCGCCUGUGGUGAUGUCAACCGAAACGUUGUCACUGCUGCUCUGCCCGAGAACGCCAAGGUCCACGACCAGGUGGUGAAGCUUGGUACCGACAUCUCCGAGCACCUUCUGCCCAUGACCACCGCUUACUACGAGAUUUGGCUUGAGGGAGCCGAUGAGUCCGAUAAGCAGAACAUUGGUGCCCCUGAGAUUUUUGACAAGCGAGAGGGAGGCCCCAAGAAGAAGCCCAAGAAGAUCCAGGUCGGAGAGUCGACUCUCAAGGACAUGGAGGAGAUCAAGGACACCGAGGAGCUGUACGGCGAGCUGUACCUGCCCCGAAAGUUCAAGAUCAACGUGGCUGUGCCUCCCUACAACGAUGUUGAUGUUUAUGCUCACGAUAUUGGUCUGAUUGCCAUUGUCGAGAACGACGUCAUUAUCGGUUGCAACGUUCUUGUUGGUGGAGGAAUGGGUGUCACUCACAACAACACCAAGACCUAUCCUCGAACCGGUUCCAACCUGGGUUUCAUGCCCUAUGACAAGAUUGUCGACACCUGCGAGAAGGUCAUGCUUGUGCAGCGAGACUUUGGUGACCGAACCAACCGAAAACACGCCCGUCUCAAGUACACCGUCGACGAUCUCGGUGUCGACGUGUUCAAGGGCAAGGUCGAGGAGUAUCUGGGUUACAAGUUCGAGGAUGCUCGAGACUUUGAGUUCAAGUCCAACACCGACUACUUUGGCUGGGUCAAGGACGAGCGGGGACUGAACCACUUCACCUCCUUCAUUGAGAACGGUCGAGUUGAGGACACUCCUGAGCUGCAGUUCAAGACAGGUCUUCGAGAGAUUGCCAAGGCCAUGACUGGCAAGGCCGAGUUCCGACUCACCGGUAACCAACAUGUGCUCAUCUCCAACAUCACCGACGAGGAGCUUCCCAAGAUCAAGGAUCUGCUCAAGAAGUUUAAGCUAGACAACAUCAACUUCUCCGGUCUGCGACUCUCUUCUGCUGCCUGCGUCGCCUUCCCUACUUGUGGUCUGGCCAUGGCCGAGUCCGAGCGAUACCUGCCCGUGCUCAUCACCAAGCUGGAGGCCGCUCUGGAGGAGUACGGUCUGCGACACGACUCCAUUGUCAUGCGAAUGACCGGUUGCCCCAACGGUUGUGCCCGACCUUGGCUUGCCGAGGUGGCUCUGGUUGGAAAGGCCUACGGAGCCUACAACCUGAUGCUGGGUGGUGGCUACCAGGGCCAGCGACUCAACAAGCUCUAUCGAUCUUCGCUCAAGGAGGAUGAGAUUCUGGACAUUCUCAAGCCUCUGUUCAAGCGAUGGUCUCUGGAGCGAAACGAUGGUGAGCAUUUUGGAGACUUCCUUAUCCGAGUUGGUGUCAUCAAGGAGACCACUGCCGGAAAGAACUUCUGGGAGGGCGUCGAGGAGGAAUAG